UAAACCUCAUAUUUACUGUGUAUAUAAACAUAAUCUGUGUGUAGAUAAUGAAGGGGGAGGGGUUGCUCUUCCCAGAUAGCAGCAGGUUGAGGAAGGGCAGUGAAGGAGAGAGAAAGAGGAAGAUGGAGAAAAAACAGCGAGUGACGGGGAAAAAAGAGCAAGGAGGGCGAGCGAGAAGGGCGAGCAGUUAGAGAGAGAGAGAGAGAGAGAGAGAGAGAGAGAUUGUUCCAUCAGCACUGGUGAAGUUUCAGCUCUGUGCUUCACACGCAGACAGAACAGGAGAUAACACAUAUACAGAUACAAUGCUGCUCUCGGGAAGCGCGCUGAUUGUCCUGCUGUGCCUCAGCCAUGCGGCCAGCGUGUGGUGUUUUGCCCGUCUCCUGGACGAUGUGGAAAUACGUUCGGCUUUCUCGGUUGCGCGCACCAACAGCAUGGAAGGCGGACCUAAGAUGACGGUGACCUUUGACACUGUGUAUGUCAACAUCGGUGGAGACUUUGACCCAAAGGCCGGCGUGUUUCACUGUCGUAUCCCUGGGGCAUAUUACUUCUCCUUCACGGUGGGGAAGUUUCCACACAAAGACCUGUCAGUGAUGCUGAUGAAAAACAGAAACGAGGUGCAGGCUAUCGUCUAUGAGGAGAACGCCGGGGAGGAAAGGAAGGUGCAAAGCCAGAGCGUCAUGCUGCAGCUGGAGUUCAGUGAUACCGUCUGGCUCCGUCUCCAUGGUGACCCUCGCUAUGCCCUCUACAGCAACACCGGACAUUACACCACCUUCAAUGGUUACCUCAUCUACCCGGACACCUAUGACUACGACGCACCACCACCAACAGCAUCCCACCUACAACUCCCAGCAGCCCCAGACGACCAGAGAUCUGCCUUCUCAGUUGGGCGCACCCAGAGCAUUGUGGGAGUCGACCAGGUCGGCUUGCCACAGCACCAGCCCGUUAGCUUCGACACAGCGUUCGUCAACAUUGGAGAGGACUUCAACAUGUCAGAGGGGGUGUUCGCCUGCCGCGUUCCUGGCGUGUACUACUUCUCCUUCAACGUGGGCAAGCUGCCACAGAAGACGCUGUCCGUCAAGCUGAUGAAAAACCGUCUGGAGGUGCAGGCGAUGAUCUACGAUGACAGCCAGGGCGAGAAAGCCCUGCAGAGUCAGAGCUUGAUGCUGGCGCUGAAACCAGGGGACACGGUCUGGCUAUACUCGCACCAGAGAGAUGGAUUCGGGGCCUAUAGCAACCAUGCCAAGUACAUCACCUUCACUGGCUUCCUGGUUUACCCAGACUUCCCCACCACCACUACCAGCCAAUCACCUGCAGAUAAGAAACCCUAGCUGCAGGACAUGGGCUCGGGCCUGAACAUUGUGUUAGGAAUUCAUGCAAGAUGGAAAAGUGCGGGUGUCCCCCACAGAAAGCAGAGUGAAGAUUCCUCUUCAUAUGAAUUCCUUCACAAAGUGACAGGGACCUCGGACUGAGUGCAGAGCUUCAACGAAAAGCUUCUCAAUUUGCAGUUGACAGUUUCCAGGAUAUGACUUCAUCUCACCUAAUGUGGAACCUUGAAUGACAGUAAUGUGAAUAUGUAUAAUGAAAAUUCAGUCAUUACCUGCUCACCUCUGUGUCUCAUGAACUCUCAUUAGACUUUGUACCAGCACCACAACACACCACGAUCAAAUUAUGGAAAGAAAAUUAAGUCUAGAACUUAAAGACAAAUAUGAAUUACUUGUACUGUAAUGUAAACUUCUGCCUAAUGCUAAUUCAUGUAAAUUUUGUACUCACUGUUAAACUGUAGGCAACACUCAUUAAAUUCAUAUGAUCAGUGGAUAAUAAAUGACACAGAAAUUAUGUUUUUCAGUGAAAUGUUAAGUUUAGUGAAUUUAUUCUCGUCAAAGACUUGGUGUUUCUGCUUGUAUGUAAAACCUUUACUUUCUUUAUGUCUUUAGAGGCAUGUGAAAACUAUGUGAUUAUUAACUGUGUGUUUUGUGUCAAAAUUAGUCUCUUUUCUUCAUUUUGGAGCUUUUUCCAGUCUCAACACUUACGGCAGGAUCAGAGGACAACAGGACCAAAAAGUGAAGACUGCGUUUCCAUCUAACUUUUAACCUCAUGCCACCUCUGAGCCCGCAGGGAUCCAGACCAUAAUUUAACUUCUGAUCGGAGCAGUUUAAUUCAUUUGUUCAGAUGGCGAGCACUGCAGGGGGGAAAUUGAGUUUCUUCUCCCAGGCAUCUGUGUCAUGCACGUCUGUUUAAUCUCACAGCGCCUGGAAGAAGAUGACGUGGUUCAAGUUGUGAUGAAAUGAAAGUCACCUUCUCUGCUGAAGAGACACCAUGUGAAAUGAUACUUUACUUUGAUUGAACUUUGAUUAUUGGCUGGACUUCUCUGAUGGUCUAAAAACAUCAUUGUAAUGAAAGUAGGCCAAUUCAGUUCUCGAAAGAGAGACAGCACUGUUUUAAUAACGUCAAAUUAAUUAUUGGAGAGCAGUUUUAAUGGGUUGAUUUGUUUCUGCUGCCACAGUGUGAAGCAUUUAGGUUUAACGGAUUAAAAAAGGUAUUUGACGUUACUUUGAUCAGUAUGUUGGUGUAAACACUGGACCCACUGCUUACUUACAGACAAUCAUCACUGACUCCACAGAUCUUAUAACAUCUUUCAGUGUUUGGGUCACACAGAUUGUAAAACAAAAAUGGACGACACAUCUCCACUUCCUCCAGAAAUGAAGCCAAAAUGGCUCAGAUACAAUCGCUGCCAACUUGUGGUGAUGACAUCAUUUGCAGUCAGAGUCUGAGCUGUAGUGAUAGUAACAGUAACACUGAGGUUCAGGAAGUAAAUGUCUUAUUUUUCAUUUUUAGUGAUGUUUCAUAAAACCCUUAUAAAAGAGUUUCGAUCUUGAACCCAGGCCGACCGGCAAAGAGAUGAAUUAUGAAACAUUUAAUUCAGGGUAAAAACAAUAUUAUAAAGAAAAUCUCAAAGUUACUAGACUGUGUUCAUAAUUAACUAACUUUAAGAAACUACACAUCCCAUAAUCCAUUGUGAAUCCUUUCCUUUUUUGUAAUACUUCCUGCUGCUUCUUGUCUCUUUUCCUCAUCUCUCAUGUUAAAGAGACAUUUUAGUUUCUCUGAACAUAAUGUCCAAUCAAGCCAACAUGAUUACAUUUCUAUGGUAACAGCAAGCUCCACCAAUUAGAGACGUUGCUAUUACACCUGAGGAUUGUGGGUAGUGUAGUGCUUCUGAUUGACAUUUUGAAUAAAACCCAGUUGAUAUCAUGUGAACUUGUGGCUUCUUCAGGAGAAAUCUCAUCUCAUAGCUUGUGGUGAGUCGACCUAAAAUAAAUCUCUAUCAAGAAAAUGAUUUUUACUUCUCAACCGCCUACUGAGCUCUAUAAGAAACUGUUGACAUAAGAUGUCUUAUUUCUGGAUAAUCUACAGAACAUAGUUGAUUCAUAAAAGGAAAAGACGACACUUGGGCACAAAACACCAAAGUUAAAAACAGUUAUGGAGGAAAUGUGUUUUCCUUCAUAGAAUUUGGAGAAUAGACCUUUCGAAAAAUGGAAAUAACCAUAAACACUUAAGUCAAGCUCAAUCUUACCCUCCCCCCAGCAGGUUUCCAACCUGUGGUUCAAGACCGACAAUAAUCAAAAUCCUCAAGAGUAAUCAAGAAGAUCAACAAGACAGGAUCAGAAAAAAAAUUAUUGUUUUUAUUUACUCGAAUGAAGUACUGAGACUUUUACCAGACAUCUUAGGACUAUUUAAAAAAUUCUCAGGCCAAAAUCACUCACUCACUAUUCCCAUCUUCACUAUAUCGUGACUUCUCUAUAGAGCACAAUAUAGUGAGGAGCUCAUCGGGAAAAGAAAAGCAUUUUCUCCGUGCUGGUAAUGACGUCAUUGUUAAAGGAUUAUGACAAACAAUGUUGGCCGGUGGAAAAACCCACCGUAAAUUUUAAACAUUUAUGUUACACUUAGUAUUAAUACUUUAAGGUAAAAAGAGGAUAUUGAAUGAUCAUCUCUAAAUGUAGAAAUAAACUUUGUGCUGUGACGUAUUUACAUUUGUACGUUAGGUCUGGAUGUUCCUGCUGCUCCGCUCGUCUCUCCGCCACGAGUGCAAUGCAUGAUGGUAGAUAUUGCUCAGUUAGUGACCAGCGGUUUUGCACUACUUUUCAUGAUGCAUUGUGGGAAACAAUGAGUGCACUAUAUAGGGUAUAAAGAAAGUAAAGAUUCAGACACCAGUGAGUGAUUUCAGACAGAGCCUCUCUCUUUGGUUUGGCUGCUCACAGACGUUCAGUAUGAAACCAGAGAGAAGAGAUCAUGAUUAAAAACUCCAAGAUAAAUCUGGAUAAAUCUGAUUUAUCCAGAUGUUUUUAAUCUGUUCUUUGUGUGACGUCUCAGUUUAAAUCAAAAAUAGACCUGACCCAGUUCUGUGAAUCAAAAUCAAUUCCUGUUAUAAGCAAAGAUAAACUCCUGGUGUGUGAAAUGGCUCAAGCACAGCGGCACACUCUGAACUAGUUGUGUGAUGCAUGCAUGUAACUGAAAAUACAAUAAAGUAAAAAUGAUGAUUGCUGAACAGCUCCCACAGGCCCAGCCUGUUACCUGUGUGUUUAUUGAUCAGUGAAUUAUAUCUGUGCAGUAACUGAUAUGUUGGAUGUUUCUGGUCUGUGCUUUUUUCUUUCUUCUGAACACGAUGAAAAAUGGAUCAUUGUGAAUUUGUUGAGCAGACAUGGGUCAAAAUGUCAAUUUGGUUUUUAUCCCAUACACACAAAUAAAAUCAUGGGGAAAAGAUCCUACAAAACAUUUGGACCUUUUCAGGUGUGGCUCAUGUUGACUCUUUGAAAUGUUUUGAGUAUUUCUUACAUGUACGAAUAUUUGACAGAAUAAAAGAGAAG